CUCCCGGCGCAAAGCAUUGUGGGCGCCGUAGUCCUGGCUCGGCUGAGGCCGGGCCUUUUCCCGCGCGCUCCUCCCGCGCUGGCUGAGGAGCCGGGAAAGAUGGCGCUGGAGGCUCGCGGGAUGGAGGAGGACGGGGAGAUCUCGGACUCCGACUGCGAAAUGCCCGCCUCCGCCAGGAGCCCCUCGCAGGUGAGGCCGCUGCCCGGCGGCGACCGCUUCUUUCCCCGUAGGCUCGGGUCCGCCUGGGCGGCGGAGGCCCAGAGCAGCCCCGCGCUCUCUUUCCUGAGGAAAAAGCCGCGGCGAAGCGAGCGAGGGGACGGCCCCGGCUUGCGGCCUUCCCCGCUGCGUUUCGCUUUUGCCUCCGCGGCGGCCAAGGGCAAGAGAUGCUGCUCCUCGCAAGCGUUCGCCGGAGCCCGUCAGCGGCGUUCGAAAUUCGCCAGGCGCAUUUUGCCCCGGGCUGCUGGCGGGAUGGCGCCUGACGUCACCACCAUCUGGAGGUGCCUGCCGGGGAGAUCCUGGGGUCUGGCCCGUUUUCCCAUGCGCAAGCGACGCCUAGAAACAGGAGAUGGGGAAGCUGGGAGGCCCAAACAGCACCUUAAACGGCACCCAUGAUCCCAACUAAUAGGACCAGUGGUCAGGGAUGAUGGGAAUUGUAGUCUAAUACAUCUGGAGGGCUGAAGUUUGGGGGUGCCUGCCUUAAGCCGAGGGUGCAACAACGUGUGCGGUGAAAUUUUCCAUGGAGGAGCAGUUGCGGGCCAGAGGUGCCAGGUUGUGAGGGGGGUGGGGCAACAUCAUGCAUGUGAUAUCCUGAUGUUGUGUAUGUGAGCCUCGCGCCUCCCUCCCUAAGCCGGUCAGGAGUUUCCCAGGCUUUGGGAAGGAGGUGCCAGGGCUCGGAUGGGAUGCUGGAGCCCUCCUGGCUCCUUCCGAAAGCCAGAUGGGCAUUGGGAAGGUGGCAGGACGGAUCUUGGAUUCAUCUGAGCCUCACGCCUCCCUCACCAAGCCGGACAGAACCACCUUGGGCUCAUUUCUCCUUGAUCCAGAUCUAGUUGUCUCUACUAGACCAGGAGUCUCCAAACUUUGGGGGCCUGCAUGAACAUUUGUAAAUCAGGGGAACUGCCAUGGGCUGCCGCCACACAAAUCUCCUGCAACCAAGCACACUCUGCAUCCUAUUCUGUUGGCAACAAUAUAAUGUUUCUUUCAGGCUUCAGCAGAAGCAGGGGAACCUGUGGUUGCCAGACUAGGCCUCUGUGGACACAUGUAUGGACGUCUGUUUUGGGGACACUUGGCACUAGACAGUGAUGGCUCUCUAACGAUAUAUGGAAGCAGACAUGGUCUUAAUUUCCCCCCCAGACCAAGCCUUCUUGAUUUGCUUACGGCAGUUUGUACUUGAAAGGAACAACUCUGUGUGUGGCUGUUUCGAGGGCCACAUUGACCUGGCUUUCUAACGUAAAACAAUGUUUGGUUUUCUAACUUAAAACAAUGUUUGGCUUUCUAACUUAAAACAAACUAUUAUAAUUAGUGUUUGUCUGCAUUAACUGUUCUUAACAAGAUUGCCACCAAAUUCUCCUUGUGUUUAGAGAUGUCCUAAAAGAGAUUUCAAACAGUGCGUUCAAACUACCUCUGUAUCAAAGUUUGGCUUGUAUAUUUAGGCCUGUGCUGCUUUUGUCUAUCAUUAGAUAGGAAAGAGAAUAAUGGUGUAAUGAAGUAGAGGCGACUCACUUUCCUGAAAGGUAUUCAACCAAAGCUUUCAGCAUACGCCAAAUUGGUCAGCUGACGUGUGUUUGGAACUAAAAUAAAUAGAAAUCUGCAUCAUUUAUUUUCCAAGCUUCUGGACUUGUCAGCUAGUUUCUGUAGAGCAAAUGAUACUCAUCAUUAUAUUACCAUCACCUCUGGUAUGGCUAAGUAAAAAAUGUGGUAGAACUCUUACGUAUUUUACAUAAAAUUAUCAAAACUAACAAGAUAAUGCUAUUUUUUGUGAAGAUCCACACUGUUUCAAAGCUCAGCAUAGAAAUAUUAUACAUCCAGUAGAAAUCAGUGAUACAUUUGAUAUUCCAUAGGCAUGUACUCAGUUUUUACAUGCUUUCAGCCUCAGAAAGGGGUGGAAGGAUUAUAGAAAUAGGCGUGUUUACUUAUGGAUGUAUACUUUAUGCCACAUGUGGGAGAUGGUGCUUAUAAAUCUGAGCUUAGUAUUUCUACAUUUCUGUCUAUGGGAAGUGGUCCUAGUACCUGGGGAUGGGCAGAGGCUGGAGGAGGACUGAUAACAUCUAUGCACUCAAAUUCAGACAGUGUAUUGCUGUGAAAUUUUUGGACCCAUGGCCAUUUCUUCCCACACCCAUUUGUGGAAACCAGCUGCUGCUGGGCUUUGUUGAAUUGAACCUCUACACACAAGCUGGGGUGUCAGGGUAUGGGUGUUUUCAGAUUGCACCACAAAGGCCAUACAUUCCUGCGCCAGAUGAUGUAGCUGACUACUGCCUGCACCUAGAGGGCUGUGCCCAAGCCCAACAAAGCUCAAUUGGCUGCACUUGAAAGACCUAUUACUUGAACCUUUUGUGAAUGUUAGCAAUUUUCCUUUCUCCCGCCAAAAUUUUGACCCGGUUCUGCUGUUGGCAGAGCUAACCCAGUGGAAAUGUGGUGCCAGACUUGCUGAGGACUGUUAAUACAAAGCAGACCUUGACUACAGUAGCUAAACUGAAAAUUCUUCCGCUUAGAAAGUCAGGUCAGUGUGGGCCUUUCAAAUAGCCACAUGCAUGUUUACACUUUGCAAGGGCAACUUGCUGUAAGCUGAUCAUAACACUGAUAGUUUUUGGGCUGGUGGCUAAAGUGGAGUCAGUGGUGUAUUAUUCUACCUCUCCUAGUCUUUCAUUCUGCUCUCCUCGUUAGAAAGCUAGCAUGUUUACAUGAAGGAAUAUUGUUGGACUGCAACUCUCAUCAGCCACAGUUAUUACCGUGAAUGAUCAGGUUGAUGGGAGCUGUAGUCUAACAACAUCUGGAGGGCCACAGGCUCCUCACCUAAUCGUUUAAAACUGCAAUGUGCUCACUUUGCUUGCUUUUUAUAUUUGUCUUUUUAGUCUCUAUGCAUGUAUCUAUGCUAGGUUUUUGUAAAACAACACUGGGUAAUGCUCUGUGAUAACAAAAAUGGGGUGCUUCUCUUGUUUGAGCUUUCAACAUUUCCCCUAAAAUCUGACUGUGACACUGAGGCCUUGAGUAGCAGUAGAACUCAAGAAUUUAGGCUCUGCUGAAAUGUGCUGGUCACACUAUCAGAUAUCCUUCAAACACAAGACAGUUAAAUAUUUCAUUAUGUGACCAAGAUAGUCUGAAAGCAGCCUUCUGUUGAAGUGAACCAAAUAAACAGCAAAUGUGCAAUAUAUGUAUAAAUCUCAUAGUAUAUCUAAUAGGUGAAAUAUUUAUAUGCUGUGUUUAUAUGUAAACCUUCCAGAUGAUACAUGGCAAUAGCUAAGUUUCUGAAGUUCCUCCAGGUGUCAGAAAGAGACAAGACGUACAUUCUUUACGUAAGACUGUAUUGUCAUUCAGGAAUCUGGACUGUGAAUUUUCAAUAGGGUGCAUCAAAACAGGUGUGUGUUUUUUAGAUAAAAGUAAAAUUAUUAAGCAUUUGAAAUUUGAUAAAACAAAAGCAGAAGUUGAGAGCAGCAUUUCACCAAGAGGAAAAUAGUUGGGACCCACAUAUCAGCACAGGGCACGGGCAAAGCCAGUAAGAGGGGUCAGGAGCCUCAUUGACCCCGGUAUUCUUCCCCCGUGACUCCACACAAAUCCUGUGCUUUUGUGCAAGCUGUCACAAAAAGAAAUAAGAGUUGCCAAGAAAGCAGCUAUGCAUACCCAUGCUAUGUGAUUGGGUGACAAGUGUGCCUUAAGGUAAAGGUAAAGGGACCCUUAGGUCUAGUCGUGACCGACUCUGGGGUUGCGGCGCUCAUCUCGCUUUAUUGGCCGAGGGAGCCGGCAUACAGCUUCCGGGUCAUGUGGCCAGCAUGACUAAGCCGCUUCUGGCGAACCAGAGCAGCGCACGGAAACGCCGUUUACCUUCCCGCCAGAGCGGUACUUAUUUAUCUACUUGCACUUUGAUGUGCUUUCGAACUGCUAGGUUGGCAGGAGCAGGGACCGAGCAACAGGAGCUCACCCCAUUGCGGGGAUUCGAACCGCCAACCUUCUGAUCGGCAAGCCCUAGGCUCUGUGGUUUAACCCACAGCGCCACCCGCGUUCCUUACAAGUGUGCCUACAGCAUAGGAAUAAUGCUUUCUGCACCAUACUCUAUGGCUAGGGUCAUGCCUUAUAUCUGGCCACAAGCAGGCUUGGGGUAGCCAACUUCUGCUGUGGAUGGAAGCAAGACUUGUUGUCUUACUAAUUUGAUCCUAGUUGCAAAUAAUAGUUUGUGGAAUCGAAAGCUUAACAUUCAAGAAAGUGAUUAUACUUUGUGUCCUUGCAUGUGUAGUCAGAGAGCUAAACAGAAAUUUGUUUCUUGUUAAGCAGAUAAGAUUCUGCAAUGCAUGCAGAGGGUAAGGUUCGCAUUACUGUAUGCUUCUGGGUUUUGUAAGACUCUAAAUAGUUUCCAGCCAAUUUGUUCUAAUCAUUGCAGCAAUCACUUGAUAUGCACACUUUCCCUGGAAAUGUAUUAAUUUCCCAUUUUAAAUCAGUUUUUUCAAUUGGCCCAUUUCCCCUCUGAUGAUUUAAACCAAUCCACUGCGGUUUUUAGCCUCCUUAGGUACUUGGAAGCUUGGUGGUGGGUGAAUUUAUUUGAGCUUCGAAGAGAAGGCCACAAAUCAGUGUGGUAUUUUAACCUUAAAGCUAUGUCAUGAAAAAAGUUAGAUUAAGGCCUAACUUGCCAAAGCCAAUUACAGGGCAGUCAAUGAACAUAUUUCUUUGAAUGAAAGUUCCAAUGAUUCAAAGGAGGAUUCCUUCCAAAUAAAAGUGCCUAGAAGUGUGCAAGAGCAGCAAAAAUGUUCUAACCCAGUGUGCGUGAGCCUUGUGUCCUCAGAUGUUGCUAGAUUGAGACAGUGAAUAGAGAAACAUUUCUCUCUUUCAUAGUACAGUGGUACCUCGGGAUGCGAACGGGAUCUGUUCCGGAGCCCCGUUCGCAUCCUGAAUGGAAUGUAAGAUGCAACGGCGCAUGCGCGGGUCGCGUUUUGCCACUUCCGCGCUUGUGCGUGACAUCAUUUUGAGCGUCUGCACAUGUGCGAGCGGUGAAACCCGGAAGUAAUGUGCUCUGUUAUUUCGGGGUUGCCGCGGAGCGCAACCCGAAAGCGCUCAACCCAAGGUAUGACUGUACUAGAACUCAUGGUCAUCCAAUGUAGCUGAAUGCAAGCAGAAUCAUGUGAAAUAAUGUAAUUCUUCAGGGCAUAUUUGAGCUAUGGAAAUCGCUCCCACAGGGUUCUGGUGCUAUCAGCUUAGAUAGUUUUAAAAAGAAGCUGAGACAAAAUUCAUGGAGGAGAAGACUAGCAAUGGCCACUAAACAGGAUGGCUGCGUUCUCUCUCUACUGUUGGAGGUAGUAUUGCGCCUGAACACCAGUAAACUGCAGUCCGGUAGAGUGCUCUUGUGCUCAGGUCCCGAUUGCCAGUUUCUGAAGAGCAUCCGUCUAUGAGAACAGGAGGCUGGAUUAGAUGGGCCACUGGCCUGAUCUAGCAGGGCUGUUCUCGUGCACUUGGAAUGGUACUCAGAAGUUUAUAACGUUUUAACUGACCAGUUGGAAAGGAGGGGGUGAAAGCUGAUUCUUUAUUCAAUACUGUAAGUCACUUUGAAAUUCAAUACCUGUUCCGUUCAAAUUGGAGUACCGUCGCUUAAAGGUUAAAGAGGUGUGUGAGAGAGAGAACUGGAACUGAGCUUUGCCUUGAAUCUUGAUCACAAUUUUCUAGCGAUUCAUUCUUAUUUGGCAUGCUGAUACACAUGAGAAGCUUGGAGAAAAUGAACAAGAAGCGGAGUGUCAGAGGCUCUAAAUUGAAUAUUGGCACCGCCCUGCUUCCAAUUUGCCUAUGGUCAGACUGAGAGGAGAGAGAUGGGCUCAGAUCCUAUGUCAGUGGGGACCUGGACAGAUGGGUGUUCUCCCCCUUUUUUUUACUCUCCUGAAAGACUGUGUAUCCUGUUUGAGGACCUCAAGCCUUUCCUGCUCUAGUGCCUGUCUUCUUGUGGAUAAUACAAUUUUAAAUCUUUGUUUUGAUUUUGGGGGUGCAAUGAGUUUUGUGUUUGCAUUUAUGUAGCUUUUGGUUUUUUGUUUCGUUUUAAACUUAUUUUAAUUUAUUGUAAGCUUCCCAGAGAAACAUGCUAUUGAGCAGCAUGCAAGUGUCAAAAGUAAAAUGAUGAGAGAGGAGGCUUAGUACACUCUAGUUUGCCUUGGGAAGUUUUGCACCCCAAAAAAUCCCCUAUAAGGUGGCAAAUUAGUGCACAAUAAAAUGUUUCUUUUUUAACAACGGCAGCAAACAUCCGUCUUUCUUUCUCUUUACAUUUCAGAAACAGCAUGAUAUCAACUCAGCCAGAUCUUUUCCAACUGGCAUUCCCCCCUGUGCACCAAGUGUCCCUUACCGCACAACCAAAAGUUUGGACUCCAGUGACGAGAGCUUCUCGGAUUCAGAUGAAGACAGCUGUCUGUGGAAGCGGAAGCGACAGAAAUGUUCUAAUCUUCCUCCUGCUAAACCAGAGCCUUUCAAUUUUGGCCCGAUCCCUCAGAAACAGAUUACUGUAGGGGGUAAAAAGAUCAACAACAUCUGGGGUGCAGUGCUUCAGGAGCAGAACCAAGAUGCAGUGGCCUCAGAACUUGGGAUUCUAGGGAUGGAGGGAAGCAUUGAUAGGAGCCGGGCAUCAGAGACUUACAAUUACUUGUUGGCGAAAAAGCUGAUGAAAGAAUCUGAGCCAGAAGUGGCUGAAUCUUUAGACAAAGAGUUAGAUGAAUAUAUGCAGGAUGACAAAAAGACAUUGCCAAAGGAGGAAGAGGAGGAGGAAAUUGGACAAGGCCUCUUGAAACGGAAACGGCCUGUUAAGGACAGAUUGGGUGAAAGACAAGAAAUGAAUUACAAAGGGAGGUAUGAAAUUACUGAGGAUGAUCCUGAGGAAAAAGUGGCAGAUGAAAUUGCCUACCGGUAAGAUUUUGAUCUUUUAAUACACCCUCAUCAGAAUUUCAAUAAAUGUCACCUUACGCAAUAACAAAACUUGAGGGACAUUGGGUGUUUAUUUUAUUUUUUAAAAAAUAACGGUACUAAAGAAAAGCUAUUACCGGGUGACCAACCCGCCAGUGCCAUGCUUUCAUUGGCUCAGGGAUCCCAGAUCCUUGAGAUUCCGUUUAAAAAGAAACCAAGUCUUUAGCAAAAUAUGCAGGUACCCUUGUAAGCAGUUUCUGUGACUGAGCCAGUCUGGCUGCUCCCACCUGCCAACGUUUUUAGUCAUUGUGUGAAAUCAGAGUUCUGAGGUUCCUGUUUCAAUUCAUGGUGACUGGACGGACAAAUGCUUUGGCUUCUACCUAAAACUGACUGAAUAAUUUGAUCUUGUGAGUAAAGUUGAACCUGGGAGCCUCUGCAUACUAAGCAUAUUCUACAGCCCUUCCCCAAAGCAGAACCCCAGUUCAUAAUGUUUAUUUGCAUGAAGUCUCCUAGUCGCCCAGAUAUUCAGUCAAAAUAUUACAGGUUUAUAUAGCCAUCCAAGAAUUACUCAGUACAACCCCACUGAUAAAAUCUAGCUGUUUAGACUCACCCUGAAAAUGUGUGCUAUUCACAUGAAUUGUGUGGCACCUCCGCUGCACAGCCAUAGAAUAUGCUUGAAAUAUAUCUUGAUUUACUUAGACACAACUAAAAAACCACUGUGAGAAGUUAGGAAUGCACGUUGGACCCAUUUUGGUACUAUCUCGUUUUCUCCUCUUUAGAUCAAAUCUGUGUCCUAGACAAUUGCAUGGGGUUGGUGAAAUUACCAGGGCGGUGGUUAACUGGAGAAAAGCAUGAAUUUAUAUCAAAAGAAACCAAAAGUAAUGUGAACAAACAGAAUUACAGUUUGUCUGUCAUGAUUAUUGAGUCUGUGCAUGUGUAAACGUUUUAAUGGCAUUAUCUUUUUAAUUCUGGUUUAUCGGCUGUGUGCUUCUGGUUUCCCACUGUGGCCUUGGACUGAUACAGUUGUAAAAUUUUGCGGUUUUGUACUUUGUCAGGAAGAGAACAUGAUGGUUCCCUGCCCCCCCCCCCUUUAGAAGAUACUUAUGAGGCCAACGGGUGCUGUGGACGAUGCAGUCUUUCUGUUUGCUUGGUUUGCAGUUGUUGCAGAGGGCACAGCUGUCCCAUGUGGAAUUUGGAGCAAAUUAGCCAUUGUGCCUCCUAUGCUUUUAGGCUCCAGAGAAUGAGACUUUAUAAAAUUAAAGUUUCAAGGUAAAAAGUUCCACUAGACCAUAUAAUUAUCAUUGGACCAUUCUUUACCCUCAUAAUUUGAUAGCUGGUAAUACUCAGUUAAAAUAGGUGUCUGUCUGUAAUUCCCAAUAACUGAAAACAUUCUUAAACCAUAUUCAAAGGACUAAAGAUAAUUUUGGGUUGCACUCCCACCUGCUUGGAAGGUUAUCCUUAGCGGGGAGUGUGUGUAAAAUUGGGGGAGUAAGUGAUGGUAAGCAGUAAGGUCAAGGGAAAUUAAAAGUAGAAAGUACAGGCUGACAAUUCAGUUUUUAAAAAUAUUACCAAUUCAGAUAUAUUCCACCCUUCCUCCCAAAACUCAACACAGCGAGCCUUCACUACAGCAAUGCUAGGCGAGUGUCAGAUAGUGCUAAGCUUGUAACAGUGGGUACAUUUGUUCAUAAUUAUGUUUUGCCAUUCAAGCAGGUUACAGAAUGCAAGGGUUUCCAGUUUUCAUAGAAUUUCCCUUCUCCUUUUAGGCUUUGUGAGCCAAAGAAGGAUCUGAUCGUACGGGUUGUGAAAAUCAUUGGGAAGAAAAAAUCUAUUGAACUACUGAUGGAAACAGCUGAAGUGGAACAAAAUGGAGGCCUUUUCAUAGUGGUAGGAAAUAAUUGCUUUUUCAGCCUACAUACUUAAUCUUUUAACAAAUAUAGAGCCCUGUUAAAAAAUUUUUUUUGACAUGAUCUUUGCUCCAAGGGUUCUGUGCACAACUUCUUAUAAAUAUUUUGAGUUUUUGAGGAACAGCAGCAAGUCCUAUUGAGUUGAACAGCGUAUAGGAUUGCAGCUGUUAUAUCUGUAGAAAGCUUUAAAAAGUUUUCUUUUUCCGUUAUGCAGAAUGGUACUAGAAGAAGAACACCAGGAGGAGUUUAUUUAAACUUGCUGAAAAACACACCUAGUGUAACUGGAGAACAAAUCAAGGUAAAUAACAUAAUAUAUGUAAACCAUUUAAAAACAGCACAUUUUUAGAUUACUUUGAAAAGCAAAUGUUAAAUGAGAAUGUUUAAAGUAUAUCUCUUCUUGCUGGCUUCUGAUUUCGAUUUAUACAUCUUCUAAAGUAGAAAAUGGACAGCCCGUUAAGCCAGCUGUUCUUUAAAGAUCACAUUUUUAAUAUUCUUAUUAAAAUUAUGCUUUCUGAGCAAAGUUCAAAGUGUUGGUGCAGACCUUUAAAGCCCUAAACAGUCUCCACCCCCAUUGUUCAUCACGGAUACUGAGGUCCAGCUCUAAGGGUCUUCUGCUGGUUCCCUCGUUGCAAGAGGUGAGGAGGUUACAGGGAACCAGGCAGAGGGCCUUCUCAGUAGUUGCGCCCGCCCUGUGGAUUGCCCUCCCAUCAAUAUGUUAAGGAAAUAAACAACUAUUUGACAUUUAGAAGAGACCUGAAGGCAGCCCUGUAUGGGGAAGUUUUUAAUGUUUGCUGUUAUGUUUUUAUAUGUGUUGGAAGCCGCCCAGAGUGGUUGGGGCAACCCACUCAGAUGGGCGGAAUAAUAAUAGUAAUAAUAAUAAUAAUAAUAAUAAUAGUAAUAAUAAUGUUGUUGUUGUUAUUAUUAUUAUUAUUAUCAUCUUCAUUAUUAUCAUCAUUAUUUAGAUACAAGAAAAGUAACAACCAUUCCCUCCCAUCGAACAACUCCCCCCCCUUAAACAACCCCCCAGCCCAAGAGUUUGUUCAGCAGCCUCAGCUUUUGUAGCUGGAGUCAGUCUGGGCCCCACCUUCCCAGGCUAGGUACAAAAAAAUCUGCAGGGGUAGGGAACAGGUCUUCCAGGACUCACAGACAAGAUGGCCUCAGGCCUUUUUAGCAGUCUCAGCAUUUGUAGCUUACAACUGUAUCUCUGAUGGUUUGCUCUUCAAACAUUACAGUAAAAAAAUACCUCCUAACAUUUUUCAUAAUCCAAAAAAUCAUCAUAUUUCCCUGUUUCUUUCCUAGUCUAUUAGUAAAUCAGUGAAAUCAUAAAAUUGAAAUCUUCCUUCUAACUGCAAAAUAUGUAACAAAUGACUGUAGCGGUGAUGGGCUUCAGAAACAGCCCUUUCUGUAUUCUGGACAGGCAGACUUGCAGCUGUUUAAAAUAGAGCACCUCUCUCACUUUAGGGAGCUGAAGUCUUAAUUUUCAAAUAUUCUGUAGCAGCAUUUGAAAGGAUAUGGCAUUCUUCAAAAGAGAUUUUUGUUCUUUUGUCAUACAGUUAGCUUUCAUCUCUAGUUUAAAGGUUAGCGAAGGAAAGUGGUGGUUUCUGAAAGGUGACAUUGCCUAUUAUUCCUCAGCACUUCAUGGAGUGUUAACAUUCUCUUUGAAGGAAAUCUUCUAUAUUGAAAACCAGAAGGAGUAUGAGAACAAGAAAGCAGCAAAGAAGAGGAGAAUUCAAGUCCUGGGGAAAAAGAUGAAGAAAGCUAUUAAAGGGCUCAACCUUCAAGAAUAUGAUGAUGCCUCGAGAGAGACUUUUGCUAGUGAUACAAAUGAGGCAUUGGCUUCACUGGAUGAUUUGCAGGAAGGACAUGGAGAAAUGAAACUGGAUCCUGAAGAUGCUAUUGAAAUUGAUCACACUCACGACGUGGAUCUCUUUUAAUGCAUCGGGUACUUGAGAGACCAUGCUUUUUGUGAGAUAUAUUAAACUGCAGUUUUUAUAUUAAGACUACGUCUUGUUUUCAUUAGUGGCGAUGGUUGUAUACUGAAGAGGGCCUUUGUUUUCUAACUUAGUGUCCAUACUUGAGUUUUCAGUUUGAUUUAGAUCAUGAAAAUACUUUGAUCCGCUAUCUCCUUUGUGAUAUAACUCAGCACCUAGUUAGGCUUUGUUCCCUCACCUGUGGGAUAGUUUCUAGGUAAGAGCAAAACUGAGUAUUCUCAUUCCAGAGUAAGGCUCAUGUCUGGCGCCUGCUAACUGCAUAGAAAUGUUUUCUGUAUUAUUUAACUAAAGGUAAUAUGCAACAAAGUGACAUACCACACUUGGACAUUUAAUCUGCCAUGGAAGCAUUUAUAAUAUGGUGUUCAUGGUUGCAGAGUUUGGGAACAUUUUUCUAAUACGGUAUUCCAAAUGCUUGCAAAUUACUGAAAAUGUCUCUUUAGGUGCAGCAUUAAUAAUAGGAAGGAAUGCAGUGCAGAGGUAUUGGGUGUCCUUUGUCUGAAUGUGCAUUACUAUCCACGAGACUGUUUUCUCUAGAAGAUUGUAAGGAAUGUUCUGAUUUAUGUUUUGUUUUAAUGACAAAGUAUCUGGGAUUUUUUUUUCCCUAUCUGAAGCGGUAGAUGCAAAAAUUUGCAGAACUCUUAUCCCAUUUUUGAAUAUUGUGCAGUAAGACAAAUGGACUUACUGCACCACACUUUUAGUUAUGCUGAUGAGUUUUGUGCUAAUGGUGUGAUAUUGUGUCAAAUUACAUGUACUUAAGUACCACUGAAAUCUGUUGGGCGUUGAACACAAUGUAACUGGGUACAGAAUUGCAGCCCCCAGUAGGCCAGACUCAAGAUUCUUGGUUACCAUUUAGGACUACAGUUCUCUUUCUAAAUGCAUAUUUUUGUUUGCUUCAUUAUCUCCGGGGGGGGGGGGGUCUGAGUUGCAAAGUUUAGCUACAUGCAAGUGUUGUGUUGUACACGGCAGUUGUGCACAGUACAAUUUGUCGGGUGAAAAAAAGCCCUUCUGAACUUUUCCAGGCUGACUUUUUGGCUCAUUCUCCUCUGUAUUUUUGUGUUAAUACCCAACAAUUUCACGAAAGGGUUGUUGAGGCUUAGGCUGUGGUCUGCUGAUAGCCUUCAGAGGGUCUAACAGUCUGCUGCAUAUCACCUACGCUGAAAAUUCAUGGCACUAAAUUGCCUUAAAUCUUGACUACACUGACUUAAUUGUUUUGUGAGUUGCUGCUCAAAUAACAAGUAUACCAAUUAUCAAUAGAUCAUUAAAGAUCAACAAGGCUAAAGAUAACCACAGUAACUAAAUUUCUUGGGAUAGAAAUGCUCUUUUCUUAGUAUCUGGUAUCCGAGAUGACCUCACACGCGUAUGGGGUAUUAUGUGAAAGAACCCCAAUUUAUUUUUGUGUUUUCAUUCCAAAAUGUUAAGUUAAAACUGCUGUUCCGGAUGUGGAAACAAUGACAUGUUAUUGCCAGCUAAUAAAGGAUUGCUCUCUCAAACCGUAUUGUAGAGAAUUCAAACUUCACCUAUAAGAUGGUUGUACUGUACUUAAAAGAUAACUAUUGCAUAUACUUCAAGUUGGACAUCCUUUUGCAGUGGUCUUGGUAAUUUUCCAUUUAUUUAUUAAUCGGUAUUUUGCAACUCUAGUCCUUAACAUCCUAGGGACUACAAUCCUCUGUUGUUCUGGGAAUAUGCACAUGAAAGCAGGCUGUUCGCUAGAAAACUAUCUGAAAUGCUGCUCUAAACACCGUUACAGUGUUGGUAAAGUAGGGUUAUUUGCCAAGGCUGUUAAUAGUCUGCAUCCUUAGCAACCUUAUGCUGGGUGUAGGAAGUCUAAAAGAAUCACCCCCACAGCCUGUUUCAUAAUUAAGACUACUUAAUUGGAGUAAAACUAUUUUGCCAUCUGCAGUUGCCAAGAGCACUUUAUUUUUGCUUUAUUUAAUAUUUUAACAUUUAACUGAGGCCGAACAUAUAAAUCCCCGAUUUUUCCAUCACAGUUUAAGAUAAUUUCCUUUAAGGUCAUGGGAUUUAACAGUUAAAAUCUAGCAACACAUUUGCCUGAACCAUAAUGAUAGGCAUGCAAAUAUCCCAUUUUUAAAGACUCUGAGAGGACAAAAGCAGAGUUUCUCAUGUAUGGUUUAAUGUUCAGUUGUAGGAAUUAAAAGAUAGUUUGAUUUUUU